CUUUAGCAUGAUGGUUAUGUCAAUUAAGAAAUGUACUAAAAAUACAUAUAUAUAUGAAGUAAAGGCUUUCGCAUAGUCUAUCACAGUGUCAUUCAGCAGGUCCUUAACUGGGCAGGAGUACCUGUCAAUGUCUAUGGGGAGACCCGUGGGAUAUAGGGUCAUGAACCAUAAACAUGCAUGUUACUUAUUGUUCAUUAUUAGCUGCUUGGAAUAUAAUUCUCCUCAUUAGACGAGUGAUUAUUACUACAUAUAUCAAGGCAAACAUUUAUACAUAUACAUUUAUGCACGGGAAAUUCUAAUACAUUGCCUGCUAUGGUAAUACACAGAAAGUCGAGUUGAGUUCUCUUUUAGAAUCAGAAGGUUUGCAAAGUCAAAUAGCACAACAAAAGAAAGCUUUGGAAGAGAAAUUCAAUGAAGAGAACGAUGAGACUUGUGAGACUAAUUUUUCUACAAAUGUAAAUUCGAAAAAAUAUAAUGUAGAAAAAAUGGAUUGUGACUCUGAAGAAGCAAAUGCGUAUAAACAUCACUUCAUACCGGGACCAUCUUUCAAUUCGAUGACUGAUAUAAUGCCACCUGCACCUCCUUUACCACCACAAUUAAUGGCCAAAUUACCAGAUAAUGAUACAGACGCACUUUCAAGUAUGUUGAUGUCAUGGUAUAUUAGUGGUUACAUGGUAUAUUACACAGGUUAUUACCAUGGUUUGAAACAAGCAAGAAACAAUCAAGAGAACAGGAAGAACUGUUGAUUAUAUCAAUUUUUUCAAUAACAAUAUAACAAUAAUAUAAGAUAUAAUAAAAUAUAAAACUCAUUGUAUUUAUUUACUUCAAUUAUUUGAAAUAAAGAACAGCUUUAUUUUCAUAUAA